AUCCACAAUGGCGGCGUCCUGUCAGUAGGAUUGGAGUCACAUUUCCUUUGCUCGGGAAGAGAACUCUGUCUGCUUGUUGUUUUGUUUGUGGGAUUAAAGUCAGAUUGUGUAACCAUGCCUCGCUACGAGCUUUCACUAGUGCUGAAGGCCAUGCAGAGGCCGGAGACCGCAGCUGUGCUGAGGCGCACCGUGGAGAACCUGAUGGAGAGAGGAGCUGUGGUGAGGAACCUGGAGAACCUGGGAGAGAGGAAACUGCCCUACAAGAUCACCAAACACAACCAGCGACACACACAGGCUGCUUACUUCCUCGUGGACUUCCACGCUUCUCCCAGCAUUCUGAAGGGCUUGCUGAACCAUUUGGAGAGAGACGUGGACGUGGUGAGACAGACCGUGUUAAAGAAGGACAGUGAGAUUCCUAAAGAGCACUGCUGCGACCUGGCUGCUGCACAAGCUAAGAACAAAGCUUCUUCAUAAAUGACUGGAAGAAAGAAACUCCCUGUGUUGUUGGAUUAUGUUCAGACCAAACUUUGUUCAUGUGAGAAUGUUUAAUAUGAGAAAUAACUAUAAUAAAUAACUUUUUUUAAGUGUUUAA